GGUAGCGCAUAACAACUCGCUGGCCAAUAUAAAGCACAGCAUUGCUCUUGAAGGCAACACAAACGCGCAAAAUGAUGUUCUUCGUGCUCCUGCUGUCCUUCCUGCCACUGCUGACAGGCUCUCUACUCCCAUCUCAAUCAGCCACCACACAGAUAACUUGUGAUGAAGGUUUUCACAACAUUUACGACCGCUGCGUCCAGUUCCGCACGCAGGAAGUCUCGUGGCACGAGGGGAAGAACGAGUGCUUUAACAUGGGGGCCGAACUAGCCAAGGUCGAUGACGCAAACUUCAUGUACUACCUCGUCAAGUUCAUCAGAAAUAAUGGGCUCGACGGUCACAAUUACUGGAUCGGCGCCUCAGACGAAGGCCACGAAGGCGACUUCAGGUGGACGGACGGGACGGAGGUCAAGAUGGGGACGCCGUUCUGGGGCGACAGCGAAGACCAGGUUCAGGAGCCCGACGGUGGUACCAACCAGAACUGCGUGUUCAUGGCCAGAGGCGAUCACUUCUUCUUUUUUGAUUAUGAUUGUAGCCCUCCACAAGCCAUUAUCUGUGAGAAAUUUAUGUAGUUUUAGUAGAGGAAUAAAAAAAUAAAUUCUUAAUACAAGAACACCGAUA